AUAUAGAACUUUGUUUGUCCGUAGGAAAUUGUAAUGGACGAAGCGAAGAAAAGAGAGCGGGACAGAGAUAGGAAAAGAAAAUACAGAGAAAAGCUUGUCCUCAAUAAUCCAGACAAAGUGCUACAAACAAAGCUAAAGAAUAAGAAGUAUUAUCAAGCAAGAUCUUCAAAAGGUCUGCUCAAAACUGUUAACAAAAUGUCUGAUGAGGAGAAAUUCGCAAAACGUCAGAUGUGGAAAAAUCAAAAACAGAGACAAAGGCUAAGGAAAUCACAGGAAGUCCAUAAAAUUCCAGUGGUAAAUGAUGAUUCUGGUUUAAAUGAAUCGAAUUCUGAAUUUGAAUCACUUGGUGCAGACCCUCUCUAUUCCGCAGUUGAUGUUUGUGCAAUAGUAGGUCCCAGCGAAAUUGUAUCUUGUUCGGCUCCUCCCCCACCCUCCUUGAACUCAAGUCCAAACACCACAUGUAGGUCCAUUGGUCCAACUCCUGUUUUUCAAAAUUCUGUAAGGGAGUCCAUAGCCCUCUCGGCAACAACAUCGUGCCCAUCAAAUCUUGUAAAUUCAAAAACCCCGUCUCGCCAGUUAAUUCUUGGCAAGAAAAUAGCCCGUAGAAAUAGAGAUAAGUUAUUAGGUAGAAUCAAAAUUCUAGAGCAGCAAGUACAUUUUUACAAAAGGUUAAGUCAGAAGUACAAAAAACGUUGGCAAAGGGCUGUCCGGAAAAGAGUCAGCCAAAAUCAGUCAAAUCAGUCCAGUCAAACCGACUCGCCUCAAAAAGUAGUCAGACAAAUUAUCUCUUCCGGGAAAGAAGAAGUUAAACGCCAACUUCUUUUCGGGCAAGCUCUGGAGAAGCAACUCAGAAAAAACAGUAGAGAGUGUAAGAAUUUAGUCCAGAAGAGGAAUUUCGCAAAGUCGAUAGGCGGCAGGGUCUGUAAAAAAUACGGCAUGGAGAAAGAGCUUCAGAGGAGAAAA